GACGUUUGAAAUUCAUUGACAUUAUACUUCUUACUACUAUCUUAACGCUAAUAUUAUUUUGACAAUUUCAAUCUGGCGAGUUUUAACAUAACUUUAGAACAUUCGUGAAACUUACAUUAUGCCUAAAUAUUAUUGUGAUUAUUGUGAUACAUAUUUAACUCACGAUUCACCAAGCGUGAGAAAAACUCAUUGUACAGGAAGGAAGCAUAAAGACAACGUGAAGUUUUACUAUCAAAAAUGGAUGGAGGAGCAAGCUCAGCAUCUCAUUGAUGCUACCACAGCUGCUUUUAAAGCAGGGAAAAUUGCACAGAAUCCAUUUGGCAACAAAGGAGCUACUAUACCACCACCUUGGGAUCCAUCGGUGAUGGGUCCUGGUGGCCCUAGACCACCGGUACCGGCGCCGGGUGGACCCCCAGGGAUGUUACCUUCGCCAGCGAUGGGACCCGGAGGACCUAUGGCUCCACCCAUGAUGAUGGGUCCACAUGGUCCAAUGCCGCCUAUGAUGGGAAUGAGACCUCCCAUGAUGGGACCACUAAUGGGACCAAUGGGUCCCAUGGGUCCAAUGGGACAAAUGCGACCUCCGUUAAUGAAUGGACCCCCCAUGAACAAAUAGUGACAGUAAUUUGACAUUUUAAAUGACUGAAUAGUGUUAAUUCAGUGGACUUUUCAUAUUAUUUGCUACAUUACUCUUGAAUAUUUAAGAUUGUAUAGUAACAAGAUGAAGAUGAAUUAAGUUUUGUUGUAUAAUUAAAUAAAAAGGUCACUUUAAGGUGGUUACGUUAAAUAGUGGAAAUGUGAAAAGGUGGUGUAAAAAGGGAAGUUUAGGGUUUAGAGUUCCAGACCCUAAACUUAUUUUUGUAAGAACAAUUUCAAUUUGACCUCAGUUCAUUCCUCUUCAUUCUAUCAUAAGUCAUUGUCAAUGAAGGUGCAGAAAACUUGAUGUUGAGCUAAGGUUUUCUCUUUCUUUUACUUUACAAAUGCAUACUCGUAUCUAUGUAGUUAAAAUCCUCAGAUUUUUGUUUUAUACAGACAAUGGUGUAUUAUUGAAUUCCAGAGUAAACUUAAGCAUUAUUUCUCAAACUUAAGAAUUAUUUAAAAUUUGAGCAGUUUACAAAGAACAUAAUACUUUUGUGUUGAAAUUAUUUCUGUAGAUUACUAUGUUUAGUAUAUGUUCUUGGUAAUGUAGCAUCUAUAUAAGAUCUAGAAUAAUAAUAAUUUAAUCUAAGAAUAUAAUUUGUCAGAUUUUA